AUGAAUAUUGAAGAACUCGAAAAUUAUGCAAGCAUGGUGCUUCAACAGGCAAUUGAUGCUAGGAGACAGAGAAUCCUUUUAAAAAGGGAACGUGCCAAACAGGAAUAUAUUGAGCAACAACUUUUGAUAGAGUCAGAAGAAAAAAAAAGUAAAACUAAAGAGGAAAGUCCACCAGAGACUGCAAACUCGGAUGAAGAAGUGGAAGCAGACAGGAAGAAACCAAAACUAGACAUACCAGAUAGUAAAACAAUAAUCUCCAACGUAUUCCGCUACUUAGACCAAGAGUACAAGUUCCUGCAGUUGCAGAAUGACGACAAUCCUGACCUUCGGCCGUUGGCUGCCAUCACCCAGCGGACCUCCAACGCGACUGGCGUCAGCCCGGUGGAAGUACGCAGCAUCGUGAGGGAGGACAGAGCGAAGAAAGCCGAAAAGAGGAAGUCAGGAAGUCAAAAGCAGAGCUCUAAUGACAGCUCUACCGAAGAUUCAGUCUCUGAAGGAAAAUACCGAAUAACCACAGAUUCUAGCGCUGAGCGGAAAAUCUGCUCAGAAGGUAACGGUGCUGACAAACACUAG